UAGAGACAACUUCUCUAAAGCAUUCCAGCCAAGCAGCCAAAGAACGCCUUGCCAUGGCCGCCUCGGCCAACCACGCCGUGAACGGCACCACCGGCAACGGCGAACGACCAGAAGCUCGCCGCGACCACGUCAUCAUCUUCCCGUUCAUGGCGAAAGGCCACAUGCUCCCUCUGCUCCAUUUCGCCACCAUCCUCUCGGUCCACCACAAGGGCCUCCGCGUCACCGUGCUCACCACCCCGGCGAGCCUCUCCUUCGUCCGUAGCCGCCUGCCCGACUCGGUGCACCUCGUGAGGCUCCCGUUCCCGUCGCUGCCACCGCUGCCGGCCGGUGUCGAGUCGACGGACGCGCUCCCUAGCCCGUCCCUCUACCCGACGUUCCUGCGCGCCACCACGCUCCUGCGUGAGCCCUUCGCGCAGUUCAUGGCGUCGGUUCCCUCCCCGCCGCUCGUGCUCGUCUCUGACUUCUUCCUCGGGUUCACGCACGGCGUCGCGGCCGACGCUGGCGUCCGUCGCGUCGUGUUCCACGGCAUGUCCUGCUUCUCCACGGCCAUCUGCAAGUCGCUCUUCGCGAACCUGCCGUCGGUCGGCGUCGAGCACGGCGGAGCCGCUUUUCACGUCUCCGGCAUGCCGGAACAUGUUACAAUCACGGCGGCGGAGAUCCCGUCUACGUUCGAGAAGAUGGGCGACCUGGACGACCCGGUGACCCAGUUCUUGAUCAACGACGUCGGCCUGUCGGACGUCCGCAGCUGGGGCAUCCUGGUCAACAGCUUCGUCGCGAUCGACGACGACUACGUGGCUCCAGUAGAGUCGUUCUACGAGCACGGAGCCCGCGCUUGGUUGGUGGGUCCGCUUCUACCGCUCGCCGGCGACACGCCGGAGCCGGACAAGGAGAACGACCCCGAGGGCUGCCUCGCGUGGCUCGACGAGAGGGCAGCGCGGCCGGCGGCGGUGGUCUACGUGUCGUUCGGCACGCAGGCGCACGUCGCCGACGAGCAGCUCGAUGAGCUGGCGCACGGGCUGGUCCGAUCCGGCCACCCCUUCCUGUGGGCGGUACGGUCCGACAAGUGGUCGCCGCCGGUGGACUUGGGGCCCGACGGGCGUGUCGUCAGGGGCUGGGUUCCGCAGCGCGGCGUGCUGGCCCACGAGGCAGUGGGAGGGUUCGUGAGCCACUGCGGGUGGAACUCGGCGCUGGAGAGCCUCGCCGCCGGGAAGCCCGUGCUGGCGUGGCCGAUGAUCGCCGAGCAGCAGCUGAACGCGAAGCACGUCGUGGACAUGGUCGGCACGGGGGUCAGGGUGGGCUCCGGCGGGGCCGCCGUCGUCGGGAGAGCGGAGGUGGAGGAGAAGGUCAGGACGCUGAUGGACGCCGGCGGAGAGGCCGGGCAGAGGAUGCGGGCGCGGGCCGCGUGGGCUCGACAGGCGGCGAGAUCGGCGGUGAGCGACGGCGGCACGUCGCGUGUGGCGCUGCAGAAGCUGAUUGGUGAGCUACAGAAAAGUUACGACGUUGCCGUACGUCGUUGAUGAAAGCCGAGUGAUGCUGUCAUGAUGUCAUCAGUCUGUACUUCUGAUAGAUUAUGAAAUUAAUCCGAGUGAUGUAAUAUGUCUACUGGAGUAUAUAGCUGGUUAAUUAUAAGUGUUUCUCUCUCUUUUGUUUUUUUUUUUUUGCUAGAUGACAAGUAUUUAUCGGUUCAAACGUGUGCUGGUUGUGCUACUUAUAAAAGAAAUUGGAGCAUAAAGGUUCUU